UCUUCCUCCUCCUCCUCCUCCUUUGCGACAGCCAAGCAAAGGCCACCCACCCCACCCCACCAGACGCCGCCUAGACUCCCCACCGCAUUUCCUCAGGGGAGGCCGGCCCGAGCCCCCUCCCGGCGCAGCCGGCUAGCCGGGAUCUGCCUCUGCCUGCCGACACCGGAUUUCUUCCCCGCGCGCGUGCGAUUUUGCGCCACACACCAGCGGGAAGGUAUUUACUGGCCAUGGGGAUCUCGCACCCUCUGUCCGACGAGUUCGGCGGCGGAGGGAUGAUGCUGAUGUCGCCGGAGAGGACGCCUCCGUCCUCGCCACCGUCGCCGGCGUCAUGCUGCUCGGCGGUGGACGGCCAGGACGACUUCCUCGAGCACGAGGUGUCCCGGAUGGACACGCUCGCCGGCAUCGCCAUCAAGUACGGCGUCCAGAUAUCCGACAUUAAGAGGUCGAAUGGUCUUGUGAGUGACAGCCAGAUGUAUGCACGCAAGGCAUUGCUCAUUCCUCUGCCAGGAAGGCCCAUGCCAUCCUCUGUGAGAUUCAAUGGCUCGACUGAAACAUCGAAAAGAGCGUGGGCUCAGAAUAAUCAGCAAAACAGGGACCUGGAUUCAUUAGAUUCGUCCAAGUCUAGUCAGCAGCGGUCCUCACUUGCAAUGAGCAGCUUGCAAAGCUACUACGGCCUAAGUUCUCAAAGAAGUGAUGACAUGAAUUGCAGCACUGAGAUGUCCUUGUACAGAAAGGGUAGCUCGCUAGACGAAACAUUGCUCAACCCCUUUUCUCCACCGGACAGGAUGCAAAGCACUGGCAGAAGCCGGAACUCGGAAGACACGACAAAUGGUGCAGGUGUUAUGCAGAGCAGUGGGGCAACCAAAGAAAAGCAAGACGGUUCCAUACGCCGGCGGCAGAAAGUGGAAGUCAACACCCAGGACGACGUCCUGUCGAAUUCGAUCAAGAUGAUCAAAAGUUUCCUACCAAGGCCAAUCUCCAGCAUCCGUCUGAAUAUGAUGGACACGAGCAGCAGCCGGCAUCCAGCCGUGAAGACCAGCGGCUCUUUUCUCGAUGGGUUUAAAUCCUCUGUGCGGAAGUCACCCAGUGCCCCGAGCUUCGUUGACACGGAGCACAACAGCGGGGUCUCCAUGUGGUCGAGCUCCAAGUGGACCUUCAACCACGAGUCCUUCACCCGGCCGUUGCUCGACGGCCUGCCGAAGCCCGCACCAGCUCGCAGGACCAAGGCUGCUCUGGACUGAACUUUGUCUGCUCUGUUUGCUGUGAUCCACCCGCUGCAGCAAAUAACAUCUGCAAUAUUGCCAGCUGAAUCCGACAAAAGUGGAAGAGGAGACAUGAUUUGCCCGCGUCUAUCCCCGUUCCUAAGAGCGGCGAUCACAUGAUGCAGUUGCGGAUUUGUCAGACGCUGCCAUUGCAGCUGCAUAACUCCCUCCCUCUCUAGUUUUCAUAAUGUGGUAGGACCGUAGGAGUACCUGAUAAUUCGUCAUUCUUCUGGCAUAUGUACAUCACAGUAUAUAUACUUAUAUAUAAAGAGUAAAAUGCAUGCACGUUUGGUUAGAUCA